CCCCGGUCCAGAUGACAGUCCCAAUGAAGAUGACUUCGAGAAUGUGUUUCUGGAUCAUGUUUCCUGUGGUAUGUCACGAGCUCUGGUGGUCGGCCGAGGCCUACAUCGCUCCUGCGCUUCAAUAUGUGUGGCUUGGUUGCAACGGCACCGAAAACGUAAGGAGCAUAGCUCGCUUGUCUCGUAUCUGCGAAGAAUGCUACGAAAUGUUCCGAGAACACGACUUGCCGAUCACAUGCAGAUCAAAUUGCUACCAUAACGAGCUGUUUCGUCACUGCGUGCGAGCUGUUGAAAGGGAACAUUUGAUCGAGUUGGUGCUCACUCUGGCGAGGGAAGUCAGCUUGCCAACCAGAAAACGAUGAUCACUCGAACAUAAAGCUUUUAAAUACCAAAAGAUUCCUAAGAACGCACCAUUAUUCCUAUGAGAUCUACUGAUUUCGGAAGCGAAAGACAGUGUGGAUGAUCGGAAGGCAACGGGCGACGGAUGUGCAAUGAAUUAUUUAAAAAAUGCUUGUCAGAGACCAUUUUAUUUUCGUAGAACAUUUGACUUCAUUGGCUACCAUUUCACUUGCAUCCAACACUAGAUGUUAGUGUGACAAUUUUUGCUGACGGUUCUUUGA